UGCGAGUUCGCUCGGUGGCCGGUUCAGUCGUGCGCGCGCGCUCGUUCGAGCAUGGAGAACUUCGGCUACAAGGAGGGUUCGACCAAACCGAAGCAGCGCCGCCUCGGAUCAUCGCGGUCCACCAAGAUCAAGAGUACGCAGGUGGCGCCGGCGCCGGUCUCCGCGAAACCCAGAUUCUCGCUGACCCCGGAUGUGACGGUGCACUGGCGCAAUGAUCCGGAGGCGGUGCUGGCGGAGGACUUUGAGUACAUGAAGAUCGGGCCGUCUCCGCCGGCGGAGAGCGCGCCGAACAUGUUCGAGAACUACGAGGAGUCGGCGGUGGAGUUUGGCUUCGAGGUUUCGGCGGAGACGAUCCGGACGUCGCUGAUGGAGCAGAUGCGGAUAUCGUCGGGCCGGUUGAAGCUGCUGGACAACAUCGAGCAGGGCAACAUUUGUGCGGCCAAUGUGCGGGAGAUGUUCGAGGGUUCGAGUAAGGCCGAGAAGAAUAUAAGUUUUUUGUUCGCGGCGUUCUUGAAGCGAUGGGACUUGCUGGAGGGACUGUUGGAGUGUGGGGCGGAGUUGAUCUACUUUGAUAGUAAUGGGUUUUCGGCGUUGCAUUUGAGUGCGUUUAGUGGUUGUUUGAACUGUACGAGCCUGCUGGUGUCGAGGGGGAUCGACGUGAACAUGCAGCCGCGGGCGUUUACGCCGUUGCACUGUGCGGCGUUCGGGAACGCGGUGGAGAUCGCGCGGUUCUUGAUCAACAAGGACGGCAAGCAGUGCAUCAACACGAAGAAACAAAACUACGAAGAGUCGCUGCUGCACUGCGCGGUCCGGUCGAACGCGAUCGACUGCGUCAAGUUGUUCAUUUCGGAGGGAAUGGACGUGAACUCGCUGAAGCCGAGCGGGAUGAACUCGAUCCACCUGGCGGCGGAUUUGGGGUACGUGGAGUGUUUGAAGGUGCUGCUGGAUUGUCCGACGGCGGAUCCGAACAUCCGCAUAGGGAUAAGGGAAAAGGAGUCAACGGCGUUGCAUUUGGCCGCGGACGAGGGGAACGUGGAGUCCGUGAGUCUCCUGCUGGCCAAAGGAGCCAACGCCAAGUUGAAGAAUCAUCGCGGGUUCACCCCGCUUCACCUGGCCGCGCGAACCUCCAGCUUCGAGUGCGUUGAGCUGCUGCUCCGAGUUGGUAACGCCGACCCAAACGCGGAAGACUUCGAUCAACGCACCCCGCUGCACGCCGCGAUCGGCAAGUCCGAGAGUGCGUUCGACAUCAUCGAAACGCUGAUCUGCUGGGGCGCGGACGUCAACAAGAAGGACGUGUUCGGGUUCACACCACUUCAUCUAGCCGCGUUGGACGGCCUGGCGCACUGCGUCGAGAUCUUGAUCUACCACGACGCGGACGUUACGACGAAGUCGAAGAAGGGCACGACCGCGUUGAACGUGAUCACGCGCAAGACUCCGUCGUCGCUGGCGAUGAUCAACCGGAAGUUUGACGACGCAAUGACGCUGAUCCACUCGCAGGAUCCGUCGGACAAGGAGGUCGUGCUGGAGCUGGAUUUCAGGAGCAUUUUGCAGCACGGAUAUCCGCGCGAGACCAGCUACCUGAACACGCUGGUCGACGAGGGUCAGAAGGAGAUCCUGCAGCAUCCGCUGUGUUCGGCCUUCCUGUACAUCAAGUGGGGCAAGAUCCGGAAGUACUACAUCGCUCGGCUGUUGUUUUGUUUUAUUUUUAUUCUGUUUUUAACACUUUACGUGCUGACCGCCCUCGCCCACAACUGCUACAACGGUAGCAAGGACAUGGAGGAGACCAUCCAGGAGCAGGAACUCUGUCAGAAGCAGUCGAUCCUCGGGAACAUGCUGCGCAAUAAUCCCUUCGUCAUGGAAAUGCAGUGGAUGGUGCUGGUCGCGAUCACCUUCGUCGAGAUUUGCCGUAAACUGUACGGCAUGACCGGAUAUUCCUCGAUCCGACGGUACAUAACCCAAAUGGAGAACGUCACCGAGUGGUUCAUCAUCGUGAGUGUGUUUGUAAUAUCGUACAUCUACACCAAGCGAACCUACACCUGGCAGAACCACAUCGGAGCGUUCGCCGUCCUGCUCGGCUGGACGCACCUCAUGGUCAUGAUCGGUCAACUCCCCGUGUUCGGCGCGUACGUCGCCAUGUACACCAAAGUCCAGGUCGAGUUUGCCAAACUCUUCAUCGCUUAUUCCUGCAUGCUCGUCGGCUUCACCAUCAGCUUCUGCGUGAUCUUCCCCUCGUCCUCCUCCUUCGAGAACCCCUUCAUGGGCUUCAUCACCGUCCUCGUCAUGAUGGUCGGCGAGCUCGACCUGGAACUCCUCAUCAACGACCCGGACGGCAAGGAUCCACCCUUCAUGCUGGAACUCAGCGCCCAAAUCACCUUCGUCCUCUUCCUACUCUUCGUCACCGUCAUCCUCAUGAACCUCCUCGUCGGCAUCGCCGUCGACGACAUCCAGGCGCUCAAGAAAACCGCAACCCUCUCCAAACUGGUCGGCCAAACCAAGCUCAUCUCGUACAUCGAGUCGGCCCUCUUCAACGGGUGGCUCCCCAACUGGCUCCGUUCCCUCCUCCACUACACCGCCCUCGUCUCACCCCAAGCCUACCGCGUCAUCCUCUCCGUCAAACCCCUCAACCCCGAAGAAAAGCGCCUCCCCCGCGCCAUCAUGAUGGCCGCCUACGAAGCCGCCAAAAAGGGCAGCAAACUCCAGCCCGGACUCAGCAACCCCGUCGUCUUCAAAUACCGCUUCCAAAACGGAACCCCCGGAACCGACCCCCAAUCGAUCGGCGGCGCCCAAAUCGACCCCAACGCACCGCCCCUCGAGAAGAUCGUCGAGUCCGACUACGGGUUCGAAACGGCCAGCAUCUGCACCCUCGCCACCAAGAUCGACGAAAGUGCCGAAAAGCUGGACGAACUCGCCAAGGAGCUCGCGGAGCUGAAAGCCGUCCUCAAGUACAACCAAAGCGUCGUGGACAAAAUAUGUAAAAUACUAUCAAAGUGAUGAUCUUUUAACAAUGCGCGCGCAAAUCGCUGUCUCAAUGGCCGAAUUAGUGUCGUCUUGUGUGAUAGUGAGGUUCCUCUCUCUUUAUAGGCGGAUCACGUGCCCUGGCGGCUGAGACAAGCUUCAGAGUCCGGCGUUUUCUUUUAUAUCUUGUAUGUAUGUAAAUCAUGACGCAAAAUAAAAUAAAACCAAUAACCCAA